AAUCAUAUAACAAGUUGAACAAGAAGUGCUUAACUGUACUUUGCUCAGACAACUUGUGGACUACAGGAGCAGAUUUUAUUCCCUCUUUGUUUUUUCGCUGCCUGAGAAAUGGAGAAACAGCGUACAGGAGAAAACGUUUACAAUCCAGAUCCAAACAGUGCUGGUUUUCUGCCUCCACCACCACCUUAUUCAAGCCUGACUGACCCAGCAGAAGGAAAACAUUUUGCAUCUGCUCCACCGUAUGACUACCAGGGUUACUACCCACCAGCAGGAGGAUAUGUCCCUCCAUACCCUGCAAUUCCUGACCAUGGUUUAAUAAUGCCACCUUCUAAUGUGACCACUGUGCAGCCAACCAUUCUUGUCACCCCUGUGCCCCUGGCAAAUGCACCUCCGGACUACUUAGGCUACUCAAUCUUUACACUGCUCUGCUGCUGUUGGCCCAUUGGCAUCGCCGCUCUCAUCUACUCGAUCGGGACCCGUGAUGCCAUUGCAAUUGGAAACCUUCAAGAAGCCCAUAAGAAGUCGCGAACAUCGCGAAACCUAAACCAUUCAGCUGUAGCUUGUGGCAUAGUUAUCAUAAUUAUUGUGAUAACUUUAAAUGUCAUAAAUAUAGCAUAUCUAAGACAUUCCUGAGCACAGAUUCAUUAUCUUUUGAUGGAAGCAAAGGCAGUUAUCACAAAAAAGAAAAAUGGGCGCUUUUUCAUUGCAGAAGAUUUCCAGCCUCUUACUUGCUGUUCAUCUCUUGGCAAUAAAUAAAAUUAAACAAUUUCUUUUCA